CGAUAACGACCGAUCAUUAUUGUUUACAUCGAUCGACGUAAUACUUGGUCCCAGUAAAAGAAAUAAAGAUGCCAGCUAAAAAGAAAGGUAAAAAGAAGGCAAAAGGAAGUAGCAAAGGUGAAAAAGGAGGGGAAGAAGGUGGAGGAAAGCCUGAACCUACGGGAAAAGAGCAGGAACUGAGAAGAGAACUGGAAGUUUUAACAGAAAAAUUAUCAAAUCUAAAGCGAGAGGUUGAAGAACUAAGAAAGGAAAAUGAAUGGCUUCAGGAAGAGGCUCAACAAACUCGACUAGAAAGUCACGAGUACAUGUCCUACAUGGCUAAAAAGACACAGAAGAGACAAACAACAAUAAUAUCACUAAGUGACAGCAAUCAGCAAGAAUUGGAGAACAUCAAACAGCAGAGAGAGCAGAUGUUAAAUGAAUAUCAGGAGAAGAAACAAGCUUUGAAGCAACUUAUGCUUGAGAAAGAGGCUGAGCUUGCCCUGACAAAUAACGAGCUGGCUGAAUUGGAAGAGUAUCAGACUCUUCAGCGUGAUCAAAAGGUAGAGAUUGCACAUCUGGAGGAGGAAGUUCACAAGAUGAGAGGAAAACACUCAGAAGCAAUACAAAAGCUUAAAUCACAGUUUUUACGAGAGAAAAGAAACUAUCAAAGGGAAUCGGAUGACAAGAUUCAAGAAAUGGCUCAACAAGCCUCACAGGAGGCAAAACAGUGUUUGGAUGAGCACACGCACAAGAUAAAAGAUGAAAACCGGCUGUUGCGUAAAGAACUGUUACAACUGAUAAGAAGAACUCGGGCCCUCCAUGAACAUCGCCAAGAACUUGAAGAACAACAUAAAACACUUUUGCAUGAAGUGCAAUACAGUAGAGACCUGAAGAAACUCAGGGGCUCAAGGCAGAACAGGCUUCAUCAAAACUUUGGAAUAAGUAAAGAACAGAGUCAACAGUAAAAACGUUUUUGACCAAAAAAAACUGGGACCAAUUAGAAAACAAGUUGAGAACAUGAAACCUUAUUUAUUCUCACGAUAAAAUGUUUUUAAAGUUUGUUUGGAGAUGUAGUGACCAUUUAUGGAAAAUGUUCUUGUAGAAACAAUAAUCUUAGAAAAUCAUUUAACAAAUUUUGCUGAAAAUGUUACUUCCUCAAUUAAAGAAAUACAGAUUUUUUUUCUCGUGGUAAUCCUAAUGGACUUAGGUACUUGUAUUGCUUAACAGUCAUGAAGAAUCAUUCAAAGUUUGUAGAUUGUAAGAAAGCUUGUUAGAUUUGUCAGCAGAUAGGUGAAACACUCAAUGAGCCUUAGUUGACAAAAAAUGAUAAUUGAACUAUGUGGAAUGCAAUUUGGUCUGAAAAUAAUUAAUUAUACAUAUUAUACAAAUUAUUCAAGCAUGAUUUCAUAUAAAACUUGCUUGACACAAAGCAACUUUAACAUUUAAAUUAAAUAUGAAGUACAGUCAAA